AACGUAGCAAACCGGAAGUCAGAUUUUUCAAGGGACUCGCGAGUGUGGGGGGGUAGAGAACAUUUCUCUUUUCCUACGGAAGCCGCUUGUCGAGAAGGUGUCCCAUCGCGGCGUCUUCUCGUUUAUUCAAGAAAAUGGGUUUCGUCAAGGUUGUCAAGAACAAACAGUACUUCAAGCGUUACCAGGUUAAGUUCAAGAGGCGUCGUGAGGGAAAAACCGAUUAUUAUGCUCGCAAGCGUCUUACCAUUCAAGACAAAAAUAAAUACAACACGCCCAAGUACAGGCUAAUUGUCCGUCUGUCCAACAAAGACAUAACGUGCCAGGUGGCGUAUUCCCGCAUAGAGGGAGACAGAAUUGUGUGCGCUGCAUACAGUCAUGAGCUACCUAAAUACGGUGUCAAAGUUGGACUUACCAAUUAUGCCUCUGCCUACUGUACGGGACUUCUCCUUGCUAGAAGGCUCCUGAAGAAAUUAGGAUUGGACACCUUGUACACAGGUUUGACAGAGGUAACCGGUGACGAGUACAAUGUCGAGGAACUUGACGAUGGACCCGGAGCUUUCAGAUGUUACCUGGAUACAGGACUCAUGCGCACGACCACGGGCGCUAGAGUUUUCGGGGCGAUGAAGGGCGCCGUUGACGGUGGCCUCAAUAUUCCCCACAGCACCAAGAGAUUCCCCGGCUACGACAGCGAGUCAAAAAGCUUCAAUGCCGACGUGCACAGGCAGCAUAUCUUCGCCCAACACGUCGCCAACUACAUGAAGACCUUGGAAGAAGAUGACGACGAGGCUUUCAAGCGUCAGUUCUCUCAAUACAUCAAACUCGGAAUCGCUGCCGACAGUAUCGAGGGAAUCUACAAGAAAGCCCACGAAGCGAUCCGAGCCAACCCCGAACAUAGUAAGAAGGUGAGGACGAAGGAACCGGUUAAGAAACGCUGGAACCGUGCGAAACUCACUCUUUCGGAAAGGAAGAAUCGGGUUGCACAGAAGAAAGCAUCUUUCCUCAAAAAACUCGAGGAAUCUGAAGUAUAAUUAUAUUUUUCGAAAUGGAGAUGAUUCGUACGGGAACGAUCAAACCGUCGUUUACAUAAUUACUAUGGAAAUUUGUGCCUGUAUGGAACAUGGACGGUGGUACGAAGAAAAUCCAAUAAAAUUCGAUUUAUAUAACGCUGAA